AAUAGCGGUCCUACGUUCUAGAAAGUAGACCCUAGAGAGAGAAACAGGGCUAUAACGGUUGGUAAGAGCGUGAGGCUCUGUUCGUCGCACCACAAACGCGGAAGUUUUGGAUUAGAAUUUUAGAGAGAGAUAGGGAGUGUUUCUUCUGAGAGUGCGUGGGCUCUAGAGAGAGAUAGGAGGAGGGAGAACAAAUUUCCUUUGAAUACGGUGAAAAUGGCGAGUUCGGUGGACAGGGAAACACAAUCAACUCCCAAACAUGAGGCUGUUUCCUUAGAGCUCCCAGCCCCCUCUGGCUGGAAGAAACUGUUCAUGCCCAAGAAAAGAGGUACACCAAGGAAGAAGGAGAUUGUAUUCAUUGCUCCAACUGGCGAGGAGAUAUAUAAUCGAAAGCAACUGGACCAAUACCUAAAGGCACACUCUGGUAACCCUGAGAUUUCGGAGUUUGAUUGGGGUACUGGUGAGACACCAAGGAGAUCAGCGAGGAUCAGUGAGAAGGCCAAAGCAACUCCACCAUCAGAUAACGAGCCCCCAAAGAAACGAAGCCGAAAAUCUAUAGGUUCAAAGAAGGAAAAGAAAGAUGCAGAAACUGCUGAAGAAACUGGGGAUAAGGAAGAAAAUCAAAUGCCAGAUCUGGAGGCCACUGAGAAGGAAAAUGUGGAAGCAGUAAAAGGUGGGGAUGUUUCCAAGGAAAACCAGGUUGAGAACAAAGAUAAAAUAUUAGAAGAAGCUGACAAAAGCCAAAGUGUGGAUGCCAAAAUGGAAGAAGCUGGUCCGGAGGAAGCAAUUACUGGAAAAGACACCGAGAUCCAGGGCAAUGUGGAUGAAAUCAAGUCUGAAGGUGCAGAAGUAGAAGUUGCACCUGCUGAACAAACACCUGGGGAGAAGGAAGUUCCCAAGGAAAACCAGGUUGAGAGCAAAGAUAAAAUAUUGGAGGAAGCUGACAAGAACCAAGGUGUGGAUGCCAAAAUGGAAGAAGCUGGUUCGGAGGAAGCAAGUACGGGAAAGGACACUGAGAUCCAGGGCAAUGUGGAUGAAAUCGAGACUGAAGGUGCCAAAGUUGAAGCUGCACCUGCUGAAAACAUUCCAGGGGAGAAGGAGAUUCCAGAGCAAGAAGUUGCUGAGGCAAUUGUGGUUGAAUCUGCAGCUGAAGCAGAAAAUGCGAAAGACAUUAAGGAGACGGGGAAGGGCGAGCAGCUGCAAGUUGAGGCAGUGAACGAGAAUUACGUGACUGAUGAGAAACUGGACAAGCUGGAUAAUGUCACUGUGGCAGAUCAAGCCACAGAAAAAGAGAAACUUAAUGGAAUGGUGCAGGCACCCAAGGAAGAUACCAAAGAGAAACAAGAAAUAAUACAGGAGUCUGAUGGCAAACAUAAUCUGCAUAUAGAGGAGAAGGGCAAGAAAAUGGAAGAGGAGAGAGAGCUGCUUGAGAAUGCCAAGGCAAAUGGCCGGAUGGAUGCCCCGCAACGUCCAGCUCCCUCUCCUGUGAGCUGCUGAGUUCAUCGUCUCAUCUCCCAUGACACUUCCGCGAUAACCCUCUGCCUUAAUUUCAGUUUUUUCUUCUUUUAGCCUUCUUGAUUCCUCGGAUGACUGUAGUUCUAAUGUUAUUUGUGCUAUAGAUUUGAUUGUAGGUGGGAAUUAUGUUUAGCUGUAAUGUGGUAGCUAUAGAGUAGAUCUUUGAUGAUGCAGGCAUGUAGCUUUUCCUACAUUUUGGACUAAUUUAGAAAAAUUAGUAGUCUCUACCUUUUAGUGAAAUGACACUACUAUAUUUAUUGA